AUCUUGGGACAGGUUUGGAGCGCGGAAGACACAGAUUUUCUGCAGUAUCCUGUACGGGCUGUCGACUCUAUGUUUUGCCUUUACGACCCAGGAAACUCCACACUUUUUGUUUCUGGCUACGUCACUCAGCGGCGCAGUCGCGCUUACCAUCCUUGUCGCACAGCUACAGGUGGCUAACUUGUACAGUCAGAACAGAGCGCUGGUCCUUGGGACGUUAAGUGGACUUUUUGCCAGUUCGUGCACUGUGUUUUUCGUCUUUUCGAAACUGUACGAGCGUGGGUUCAGCAUCCACGUCCUGUUCUACCUGUGGACCGGCGGGGCCGUCAUACAGUUUCUCAGCGCCAUUUUCCUGACGCCGGACGAGCCCAUUCUCCCGCCGGCGCGGGGGUCAGAGGACACGUCCCUGGGAGAAUCCUACUCCGGCGGGUCGUCGGAAAAGUCGUCGUCCAACUCUGUGUACAGGAAGGGCUCCAAGGACCAAUGGUUGACCACAGAGGUGCAGACGGAGCCCAGUGCCCGGUCCCUGUACCUGUCUCCGGACUACCUGUGGCUGCUCGUCUGGCUCUCCAUCUUACAGCUCAAGUUCUUCUUCAUGGUCGCCAUCUUGAACCAACAACUCAACGUCCUGUCUGGAGACCUCGGUUCAUCAGUGAACUGGUACCUGAGCUGCUUCGCCAUCAUCCAGGGUGUCGGGCUCCCCUUCGCACCCCUGUCCGGUUGGGUCAUGGACAGGGGCUGCAAGAAGCCAAUAGCGGCGCCAAGCGUCUUGAUGAUGUACUACAGGAUACAGAACAUCGGCCAUCGACUGGCCCUUCACCAGGACAGCAACAGCAACUACAACUUCAACCUGAUCUACAGUCUGAAACACGACAGGAGAGCCCUGGAGCUCCAGUUGCCAGACGAGCACGUAGAUCAGAAGGAUCAGUCCAGAAGAAUUAAGAACUGCGCAGUUUCCAGUUUCCUCACUUGUUGUCUAGGUCUUGUUGUGUGCAUUGCAGACGUCAUUCCAGUCAUACAAGUCCAGAUCCUUGGGUUCGUGGCUUUAAUUGGCCUAAGAGGCUUCUUGUACUCUACGUAUACAGCGUACAUCACGAUCAUAUUCCCGCCAUCUCACCACGGCCGGCUGAUGGGUAUCGGGUACGUGGUGGCUGCCGUGGUGGACCUACUGAUGUACCCUGCGUUCCUACUGAUGGAGGGUGCCCUGCGGGGAGACCCGUUUUACAUCAAUGUUGUGCUGCUACUGCUGUCCCUGGUGGCCUUUGGUUUACCGGCGUACCUUGCGCGCAAAUGUCAAAGGUCAGCCAAUGGCAACCAUUCACUGACGCUGCUGCCCUCGCCAGCCAAAGUGUAACAGGUGUAUAGUUUACCGCCAUGCAAAACUCGAUAGAAGUUGUAAACACGGUUGCAGUUUUUGAAAACACACAGGGUAAAGGUCUCAGGCUUCUCCGUAUUCAUGGGGUGGUACUUUUAUACCAAGGACAAGAAAAAUUAAAUAGUAUUUUCAAUAUAAAGAUUUGUCUACAUUUUUUGUUAAAGAUGGUAUGAUGCAAUGGAGGAAUGACUGUGUAGCCGUGCAGGAAAAAUUCAGGAUAGACAAGAGUGAAUCAUAUCAUACGGGUGGACACAUUUCCAGAAGCAAACUGUUGAAACACAGACAAUCUACUUACGUUGGUGCUACAUUUUUUAGCUCUCUUCUUAUUCAGAUCUCAGUGUAAUGAUUUGUACAAAUGGUACAAAUGUCUAGUCAAUAGCCACCACCACGAAUGGCUAUCCAUACAGUCUUCUGUAUAUUAUUUGUAACUCUUGUAAAAUGUUGGUGGUUAUCAUGUUGUAAUGAUGGUGUUAUUAUGUUGUAAUGAUGGUGUACAUUGUUGUAUAUUCACUGGUCAUAAAAAUGGGAUAAAUUCGCAGAACUUCAAUGUAUAACAGUAGCUGUAUAUAGUGCUGCGUGGCUACUACUACUAGUAUAGUACAUUCUUGUAAUGUCGACACUUGUUGCAAUGGACAUGGAAUGAAUAUUCAGGUAGCUCGGGUGCUGUCUGAUAUGUUAUGUACAUUUUGUUCAGGGUAGAAAAACUUAACUUUAGAAAAAAUAUUUCGAAGCAGGUACAGAUGUUGAUAUUUCUACUUUGCUGUUAGUAUUGAGAUGUUCAAGAGACAUUUGAAGUCGUGGCCCUAUGUUACAGGGUGACAACCAGCGUCAUCAAAAUGGCGGUACGUACGACGUAUGUCGUCCAAGCUUCAUCUGAGAAUUUUUUUCCAAUCUUUCAUGUAGGAUAGGUUACACACUUACUGAAGAACUAUGGAAGCCCUAGCUCGAAGGGUUAGCUGCCGCCAUUUUGAUGAUGUGGGUUGUAGCCCGUGUAGUACGUACAUGUACAUGUACUGACCAACCUCGUGCAAUGAACUACCAUGGGACCACUGUGGAAUAUAUGUACUGAGUUGAGAUGACUGUACUUGUCUUAAUAAGCAACGUAUAAUCGUGUUUAAAAACGUAUUACGCGUCCUACAAAUUAUGAUUAUUGGUAUCAAAGCGCAUCUUCAAAUGUGUGUAGGGGAGGGGCCAGGACAUUUGGUUUUUGUACAAAAACAGGCAUAUUCAUCAAGGCUUCAAAAUACACUUACCACAAAUUUCAAUCUCCGAAAGCUACGCUGGGUGGCUAAACAUGUCUACUUGCUGUUUGUGGGAAAACACGCUUUGUUUUAAAGAGCUACAGCCGAUCAGAGAUAAACAAACACUGACCUUUGAACCUCCAGCUGGGAAUCGCCUAUAGGUAGCUGAGGGGGUGUACAUAUCCCCAAAAGAUGGAACAUAACACCUGUAUACAACGAGGUCACAAGUUUUGUCUAGAUUUCAAAAGUAAACAUACUUUUUGUCUACCUGGCAGAAAACUGGAAAAUCUGACCAGAAUUGGUCCCAGAAAAAAUUCUAUAAUAUAAUAACAGAAACUGCGCAGGUACAAUUCCUGGCCCCUCUCCUGUAGAAGAAAUACGCUGAAUUUUGAUUGAAUGAUUGACUUUCAAAUCUAGUGACAUUUGUUUCUAGAGACUCGUACUAGUUUUGUAUAUUACAUGUACUUGAAAGUUCAUAUUGGACUGUAUUUUAAACCAGAGAUAGAAGACAGUCACCUGAGUUGAAGGUUGCUAAAAAAUGAGGAGUACUAGUCGUACUCCCCAGAAAAUAUUAUAUAUCACAACACGAAUGGAUCGUUUAUAUUACAGAGUUAUAAAUAAAAUCUAUGGAAGCUUCUGCCA